AUGGGACAUUGUUUUAUUAAAACGGCACCGUUUAGAUGCAGUAACUUGCCCUUGGUUAGGGCUUGGGCCUUGGGGGGCCUAAAACGAAGCACUUCGCAGUUUUUCACCCAGUUGCAAAACCAAGAACCCGAAAGCAGCUCACAGGGUUUUUUAUUCUUCGCCGAAACAGUUCAGAAAUCACAAUCUUUGUUCUUUUUCUUCUUCUCUAUAUUUUCUUUGGAAAUAAAGACCGAAGCUUCUGAUUUUUCUAGAAUAUUACGGAUGCCAUCCGAGGAUUCAAAGCAAGUGAAAAAAGAGGAACCCGAAGAUGAUGAAGCGGACAGGAAAAUCUUGAGUUCGAUGGUGGAGAACCGUAAGAAGAAACUCUCAAGUAAUAGUAACAAUGCUGAUGUUUCUAAUUCGAAAUCCCGUCCCAAAGAAGGCAAAGUGAAGAAAGAAGAGCUGGUAGAUGAUGAUGACCAUGGUAAAGAUGAAGACUUUAAAAUACCCAUUAAGGGUUCUUCAUCUGGGUCACGCGCCAAAGCAACCAAGCUCAAAAGGGAAGAGAGUGAUGAUGAAGAUGAAAAACCCAUUUCCAAAAGAAGCUCCGAUAAUAAAGCAGAUAAGGAAAAGGAGCUGAAGAAAAAGAAGAAAAAGGGGGAAGAAAAGAAAGCGGCAGCUGGGAAGGAAGGGAAGCGGGGGAGGAAGGUUUAUGAUUUGCCUGGUCAGAAGAGAGAUCCUCCUGAGGAGAGGGAUCCGCUGCGUAUAUUUUAUGAGACAAUGUACAAGCAAAUUCCCCAUAGCGAAAUGGCACAAUUCUGGAUGAUGGAGUCUGGUUUGCUCCCUAUUGUGGAAGCAAAGAAAGUCUUUGAAAAGAAACAAAAGAAGAUUCAGCAGCAAAAGCUCAGUUCCCCAAUGAAAGCUGCUUCAGCUGUAAAGGGUAGCACAAAAUCUGUCCCUGUUAAGAAAACUCCUCCAAUCACCCCCGUUUCUUCAAAUAAAAAGAGAACAGAUUCCAAAGUUGCCCUGAACCAGACCAAGAAACGCAAGGCGGAAGAAAGCUCCGAUGAUGACUUCGAGAAUGUUUUGGCUAGUAGAACGAAGAAACAGAGAGCAAACUAAUUACGUUUUCCACCAUAACUGAUUAUUUCUAGUUUGUAAUGUUGUGGUACUUAACUCAUUGGAUCUUCAUUGAUUAGUUGUGAUAAUACUAAUUGAACUGAUCUUUAAUGAUCGUUGCAUUGUUUGGUAAACAGCAAUGGAAGAUUGGAAGUGUUCAAAAUCUCCUUUUUUUUUUUGUUUGUUAUAUGUGUUAACCUGUUUCCGCCAUAUGGAAAAAGAACAAAUACAUGCGUAGAAGGCCGCGUGUCAGGAUAGCUUGUUAGGACUCUGGACCAAGAGCAUUCAUAAACUUGAAGUCAUUACAUCAGGAAUGGCUCAAAGUUAGGCACAUAUUAUUUAUUUAUCAUUAUAAUUUUUACAGUACUUGAAUCAUAGCCAUUCAUGCAGUAAAAUUUAUGGUGAAUAAAUGUGUUUCUAUGAUUUUUAUACGGUAAUUACUUGCGGGAUAAGAUAUCUGAACCAGAUAAUUUUGGACGUUCCCCACCGGCCGCUUGAAAUUGACGAAUAAUAUAAUGUCUACUACUACCAUUAAUUGAAGAAUAAACUAUACUUCUUUACCCAAAAAAAAGAAGCAAAACUACCCUUGAAUGACAGUUGGCUCCAAUGGAUGUUGACUGAGGACAGAGCAACCGUAAUUCGUUAAGAAGUAGAAACCUGCAUUGUGGCAGCAAAACUAUUUUCACUGUCUCCUUAUUCUUCCUCCUUAGUGACUGGUAAACUACCUUAAAAAUUCUUUCACAAAAGUAAGAAAAACAAGCAUUAAACAAUGGCAGAUGUUUGCCAAUGAUUCAGAGAAAGAAAACCACUAAUGUUUUGUUAGAACGACCCUAGCUUUUGCUAGUUCCAGUGUGAGGCUAAAGAGGAAGGAAAUCCGCCAUUAACGAAAGCCCUUCUCCUCUUCCUUGUCAUGCUAAUUAUAUGCAAAUUGUUAACCUUGUAGAAAGCAUUUUU